CCUUGCUCGGUUUUGUCUCGGGAUUGCCCGGACAUUUUCGCCUCUUUGUUUUACCGAAAGUGGAUUUAACUCGGAUUCAGCCUCAGAUCCAGCGGACUGUUAUGCUUUCACACAGCGACGUGAUGCAGAAUCAAUAAUACCUCGUGUCAAAACAAAGGUGGCAGCCAGAUAGAGGACAGCAAAGAGAUGGCGGCAUUAGGGAACCCCGAGAUGCUGACCAGGAAGAUCAAGUUGUGGGACAUCAAUGCCCACAUUACCUGUCGUCUGUGUGAGGGUUACCUAAUUGAUGCCACCACAGUAACAGAAUGUUUACAUACGUUCUGCAGGAGCUGCCUGGUGAAGUACCUGGAAGAGAACAACACUUGUCCAACGUGCAGAAUUGUGAUUCAUCAGAGCCAUCCUCUACAGUAUAUUGGCCAUGACCGAACAAUGCAAGAUAUUGUCUACAAAUUGGUCCCUGGACUUCAAGACGCGGAGUUGAAAAAACAGAGAGACUUUUAUCAGAAACUUGGUAUGGAAGUGCCUGGAGAUGUCAAAAGUGAAAUGUGCUUGACAAAGCCACACUUAGACCCACAACGAAAUGGUGAAACAAAACCAGAAGACACAUCAAACAAAGAGACAACAGAAGAGAAGCAGGAGGAAGAUAAUGAUUACCACAGAAGUGACGAGCAGGUAAGCAUCUGCUUGGAAUGCAAUAGCAGCAAGCUGCGGGGUUUGAAACGAAAGUGGAUCCGCUGCUCAGCACAGGCCACAGUCCUACACUUGAAGAAGUUCAUUGCCAAAAAGCUCAACUUGGCAUCAUUUAAUGAGUUGGAUAUUUUAUGCAAUGAAGAAAUCUUGGGCAAGGACCACACUUUGAAAUUCGUAGUCGUAACAAGAUGGAGAUUUAAGAAGGCACCUCUCCUGCUGCAUUACAGACCUAAAAUGGACCUACUGUAGGACAGGGCGGUUGUUUUGGACCAGGACAGUGCACGUUAUUCUUAUGCAGAGACUAUCAUCCAGCACGUCAUGUGACGCAAACCAGCAAACCACACACAGGAACUUCUGAUGCUGUAACUGUGGGGGGAAAAAACAACCUUACUUUGUCCUCUGUGUCCUAGAUAUGUGAAAAAUUCAAGGAAAGCAUAUAUUUAUACUUUUGUACAGGAGAGAAUGAAAAAGGAACCAAGACACUACUGGUACUUAGUUUACAGAAGAAAAAAAAAACACUUUACAGUUUUGUACUUUCAGACAUCACUUCUUUCUUUGCUGCAAACCUACCAGGCUUUAUAUUUUUUACACCCAAACCAAUUUGAAACAAUCGGAUGAGGUGAAGAAAAGAAGAGGAGGUGGAAAGUUUUUACCAAUCAAUUUUCUUUCAGGUUUCACUUUGUAAGUCUUGGAGCACAGAAAGUAUAUAUAGAUAUAUAAAAUAAUUUCUAAGCUGUUUUUUUUCAGUUGUGUAUCGUCUUCUGGCAGUUUUUUGGUUCAAUUUCUUACUUUGAGUCAAUUUGUGAAUAUGCUGAGUUUAAUAUUUUUUGUGUAGUUAUUUAUGUUCUAUAUACCAAUCUUGUAUAUAAAAGUCAUUAGGAGGGCUUUUGAGAGAUGUGUUAUCAUGGUUUCCAUGAGCUAUACUGGGGCUACAUUUAUUUAUGUAGGUCUAAAAAAUGGAACAUGAAAUGGGGGGGUGGGGUGGGCGAGGUGCAUCUUCACAUAUUUAAAGAAAAAAUGUUUACUUACAGUAGAAUUUUAUUCAUAAAGACAAAUCCAGUGGUGGAAGCCACACUAAUGUGUCUAUAGCUAAAUAAGGUCUUUUUUGCCAUUUAUACACUUGUAAUGCCACCAGGUGUCCUAUAUUUCAUGAGGCAAGCUGUUUGACUGUUUAAUACUGAAUUAAUGAUGCUGACGGUGAUGAGAAAAACAAACAUGUGUUAUCAAAAAUUAUUUUGAUAUUUAUAACUAUUAUAAAGGAAUACAUUACAUUACUGAAAGGAGCUGAGAGAUGUAAACAAAUGAAUCAAUCUCUUCAGUUCUUGAAAUGUUGAAUUUAUAAUGAAGUGGACGCCUGUUUUGAUAUCAUGAAUUGCAUGUUUGGCUUAUGAAAUUCUUCAGAUGACUUUGAAUCUAGAUACCAAAAAAUGUGCUUGGUGGUUCUUGAUAUGAAUCCAUUACGACCCAGUAUAAAUAAACAAACAAAAAUGCCACAGUUUCUAAUAUGUAAUUGUCUGCUAUCGAAAAUGUAUAAUAUUGUCAAUUUAAUAUGAACAAAAUAGUAUCCAUAUUAAAUGAAAAUUACAGUUCAAUAAUUUCAUUCAAAUGUUCUGUAAUUUGUACUGAAGGUGAAAUCUCGUUGAUUGGUGUGUUUUUGGUGUGCUUUGUUUACACCCAGAACUAACUAAACAGCAUACAAAAUGACUAAGAACUGAUUUGGUUGCAAACUCUGCAGCCAUGCAUAUCCCCUGUUAGGACUGCAGUAGCAAAACACCCCACUUUUGAUAACGGUUCACAACUACCAUGUAUUUACUAUUGUUUAAGCACAAACCUGUUGAGGUGCAAUGCAUAUCUCAUUUUAUUGGUUCACUGGCAAUAUUCCCGGUUGCUAUUAACUGUUCCAAGCAGCACUUUCUGGUUUAAAUGUGCUAUGUUACCACUAAGCAAUUAAAAAAUAGUAAUUGUGUUAGCAGAUGUGGAUUUUCUAUAAAAGUCCAGUUUGCUACAAGUUCUGGGUAAAACAACCAUGCUCAAAAAAUGGGCGACCAUUUACUGUGAUGUGACUCUUGAUGUUGUAAAUCAAAUUUUUAAUAAAUGAACAGAGCAAUUUUUGAUAUCAAAAUUUAGAAAUCCCAGUAUUGAGGGUGGAGAUUCUGGUACAAACAAUUAUCUAAUUGAUUUGGUUUAUCUGUUGUCAGCAGCACCACCAAUGUUUUGACACGUCUUCCUUGAGAUGCAAGACCAUCAUUUAAGGCCACUGAGCACCCAUAAACUCAAUAGAACUUCACAUCUUCUUUUCACUGUGAUUUAAUCCAGUCUUAAACACACCCAUUAAAAGUCAUUAAUUCAGUAUAAGGUUAAGGAAUGGCUAGUCAUAUUGCAUGGGAGUUCAAUUUUGUUGUGCAAUGUAGGGUGAUGCAGUUCUUUGUGAUGCCAUCAUUUCAGUUCUUUGUGGCCCACCAACCUAACUUCAAACAAUACAUAGGCCAAACAAACUUUCUAAUCUAAAGGAUAAAUGUCUUUAUGAUCAAAUCUGCUUUUUUUUUUGUUUGUACCACACUUAAUUAUUUUACCAGUUCAUUCAGAACUUAACUUAUUUGAGGGGCAUUUAAAGCUGGGAGAAUAAAAUUACCAGAAAAAAGCAUAAGUUGCUUUCUUGAGCUGCAAUGGUUAAAAUUGCCAUGUAUUAAUAUCGGGCUUCCAAGGCUCCUGCUUUAAGUGCCACCUGGAAAUGACAAGACUUCAAUAUUUUGGGAAAUUGUUGGCAACUCUAAAAACCUGGUGCUGUUGUACAGUUUUUCUUUUCAAGCUGUGCAAAUUUGAACAAUGCUAAUGUGAAACAAGACAGUUUGGGACUCCUUUGUUCUACUUUGCUAUCAAAACAAUUUUUAAAGAGCAAAAGAGUAACUAAAAUCAGUUCCUAUAAACUAGUCAAAAAAUUAUAUUAAAAUGCUGUAUAUUUGGGUAGCAAUUGAUCAGGUGGUCGCAUCAACAUGACUAAAUGGUGCUAUAACUACAGUAUUCAAAUCUGUUUCACAAAUUGCAAAGCCUUAAUUUACUGAUGGAUUUGUGGUGGUGAGAAAACUGUUCAGUAAUGCAAAGGUGCACGCUCAGUUACUUCUAUUAUCUACAUGAAUCAGAUCAUAGAGGUAAUAUUGCACAUUUUGAGUGUUGUAUUUCUUGUAAUUACUGGAACUGAUUUUAGGUGCAGACUUGUACGGUAUACUGUAAACUAAUUCAACAAAUCCAGGAACUUAAUACAUUAUAAAAAAUAUUUUCACAUUAAGAACACAUCUGACACACAUCCAAAUGUAGGUAAUUAAAGUGCUUUCUUAUAACAAUCAUAAGACUUUUGUUUUGGGAUAUGUGGUGAAGUUUUUUUUUAUUAUUUCUGUCCUCUAAAAUGAACAAACCUGUCCUCCUUCAUAAUAAAUUUGUAAAACAAAGAGCCAUUUGAGGUUGUUUCGUUGAACCAACUGAAGUGCUGAACUUGUGAUUGUGGAUGUGUCAUGUUCUUAAACGGGUCAUUUUGUUUUUCAAACUGCAUCAAAAGAUUUUGCUUAAGGGGGAAAGCUAAGGUUUCAUAGUUCCCUACAAAAGUAAAAGGCAGUGAAAAAAAUCAUCUGCUGUGGUAAAUAUUUUAAUCACAGUUACUAUAGAAAGAACUUUCAUUGUACAGAGGCUGGUGAAAUUAAGUCUAAUCAGUGCAGGUGCUAGAACUGAGCACAGUUGUGUUGCUGGCAGAUGCAUUUCAGCUCACGCCAAUAGAGGAGAUUUAUUAGGAUGUCUAGAGUACUUUUAACACAUUCAGACCAUAUUCUUCCUUUAGGCUGUACACAACAGAUCUUUUUUUUAUUAUGUUAAGCAACUUUUUCCUGACUGUGCCAGUGCCGGGAAUGGAAAUUUGAAUUACUGUUUCUUGCCUCUAUAAUGAACUCCACACACAAGUUGAACUCCCGGUCUUCAUAUUGCUUGGUCAAUAGAAACAAACGGAUCUCUUUCCCAGAGAUCCUCUUUGUAAUCUUUUUCGGUGCCAAGUCCCAUGUCACUUCCUUCAUAAAAGCCCCCGUCAUAGCCAGUCAUUGUCCAAAUUUCUCCUGCAUUACACAGAUAGUAUAGUAUAGUCACUUGUGUUUUUUGUUUGUUUUUAUCAAUGUUUUAAAUAUAUACAUUUUAUUUUUUUUGUGCCAUUCUAGCUUUCAGUUUGUGAUGCUUCUUUCAUUAGCGUCCUCCACUCUGGCGGUGUAUUGUCCUGCUCAGUUGUAGCAGGAAUCUCUGUGUUAAUGCAAGGGGAGUGGCUACUACAUGGGCAAAAUGAACAUCUGACGUCUGUAAUGCUGCUACCUGGGACUCUUUUGAGACCUUUAUUAAACAUUAUAACUUAAAUGUGUCUUGCUCUCAGCCUACCUUUGCUCACUCUGUUAUCUGUGGCUUCUUUCACUCACAUCUAACCUACCACUCCUUUUUUCUACAUCCUUUGGUAUGGUUCACUUUGUGUGUGGAGUAUAUCAUAUGAGGAAAGACUAGGAAGAUUACCUUCAUAGGAUAAUGAACACCACACACCUAUAUCCCACCCUCCUUCCCUCUUUAAAAAAAAAACAAAACAUUUGGACAGUGAUACUAAAUUACGUGGGGUUUUAUGACGGACGGACUCUGACUUUGGCACCAAACAGGAUUAUAGCACAAUGAUCUCUGGGUAAGAGAUUGGUUUGUUUCUCCUGACCCAAGCAGCAUGGAGACCGGGAGUUCGCUUUGUGUGUAGAGUUCAUCAUUCUACGAAGAAAUCAUAUUACAGGUAAUCUUCGUUGUCUUAUCUGUUUAUUAUCUCAGUAUGUGUGUUCUGUAUCAUUCUAUAUUGCUGUUUUUACUUAAAUCAGUAUGCCAGGCUUACUAACUACUUUUCAACCACUGAAAAAGUUGAAUUUUUGAAGAGAGUUGUGAUGGGUUGUGGUCAGAAGUGAUAACAGUGUCUUUGAGUUUUAUGCAACACGUGUUUUACUGGUGCAAACACAAGCCUUUACAGUCCGUGCAUAAACAAUAACAACAAGGCCACUCUUGCCGUCUUCUUCACCAGGGCCUGGAUUCGCCUCUCCCCAGUUUUCCAAACCCCCUUGGUUCUCUGGUCCGUGUAGGCGCUUAAUCCUCUUGAGAAGCAAGGGUCAAAAGUAAACUCUCCGUGGUUUGUUAUUGUUUUUGUAGCUCUGUUCCGUCUUGCUCCCGCACCAAACUCCUCUCACUUAACCAUCACACUCGGCUACACAGUUCCCUCAUAUGUACCAAGACCCGCCCUGUUAAUCCGCUGCAGCCAAUCACUACUCGAUAUGACUGCUACUGAAAUCUUGGGAACAAUGUAUUUAAAACUACAUGUUAAUGUGGCAGUUAUCUAUCUAUCUAUCUAUCUAUCUAUCUAUCUAUCUAUCUAUCUAUCUAUCUAUCUAUCUAU